AUGGCGUUGGAUUGGCUCACGUUCUACUUCAAAUUGCGCAUCCUGAGGUGGCUAACGCGGCUUCUUGCUUGGCUGGAUCGUAAGAGAAGUCCUGCUUUAUCACUCACUCCGAGCUCCCGAGUUUUCAUCCCAUCGACUCUGUCCACUUCACCGGGCAAUUUUGACCUUUUUUUCUACUAUCCACCUGGUUACAACAAAGAAGCUGCGAACAAAGGUCAAUAUCCUAUCGUCAUAGUCCUGCAUGGAGGAGGCUGGUGUGUCGGACAUGCUCGCCAUGACGAGCGAUUCAUCGCUACACUUACCGCACGCGGUCAUUUUGUCAUUGCAGUCAACUAUCGCCUUGCACCCGAGUGUCCAUAUCCUGCUCCCGUGGCCGAUUGCCUUGAUGCUAUGCUCUAUGUCUGGAGAAACGCUGCUGCCAUGGGGCUAGACAAGCACCGUACGUUCAUCACCGGCUUCAGUGUCGGUGGUCAGAUGGCGUUUGCUUCGCUAUUCAUGCUGUGGAAGGCACUACAGGACAGAGACCCGCUAGUCGAUUCUGCGGUAAUGGGCACAGUCAAGGGUAUCACUGCGUUUUACCCGCCAAUGGAUCUGACCAAAUCCAGAGCUGCGCGUGCUGCCUCCAAUCCAGCAUUUGUUGCGCUAAAGAAAAAGCCUGCAUCGUCUUCCAAGCUCAUCGGUGACAUCUUUGACCGGGCAUACUUCUGGAAUGUGCAACCAACGCCAGACAAAAACCAAAUGUACAUCUCUCCAGGACUUGCUUCUCCGGAUAUGAUGAAUAUGGCUUUGCCCCGCCGGAUCUUUCUGAAGCUUGCGGGAUUGGACCCCUUGCUGGUUGAAGGUGAAGCUGCAGCUGCUAGACUCAAGGCCGCGGGGAAGCAGGUUGGUGUUGAGACCAUUGAGAAUGUACCCCACUAUUGGGACCAUUUAGUGAAGACAGUAGACGAGAAAAGGCUGCGGCAAGAAGUUUACAACAAAGUGGCGAAUGAGAUUGAAGAGACUAUGGAGACUACAAAGUGA